AUGGCGGCGCUGCUUGGGCACAUUUUCAAAACCCAAAAGAACUCCAUUCUUCUUCGCAACGUCACCACUACCUUCAAUUCUAUCUCCUCCUCUCCGUUGCACCAAACACCUUUCAUUCUCCCAACUUUAUCUCAAGUGAGAUUGAUAGGAAAUGUAGCAGAAAGUGUUUGUGGAUUUGAUGAAAUGGUGAAAGGGAAUGAUAGAAAGUAUUACAUGCUAGGGGGGAAAGGAGGUGUUGGGAAAACAAGCUGUGCUGCUUCUCUUGCUGUCAAAUUUGCAAAUCAUGGACACCCCACUGUGGUGGUGUCAACUGAUCCUGCUCAUUCAUUGAGUGAUUCUUUUGCACAGGAUUUGACAGGGGGAAAUUUUGUUCCGGUUGAAGGUGUGAGUUCUCCAUUAUAUGCUCUUGAGAUAAACCCUGAUAAGUCAAUGGCUGAGGUUCGGGCAGCUGUUCAACAACUUGGUGGUAGGGGUGCUAAGAGUUUAAUGCAAAGCAUGGGACUUGGAGCAAUUGCUGACCAGUUAGGGGAACUUAAGCUUGAAGAGCUGUUGCACACUCCUCCACCUGGAACAGAUGAAAUCCUUGCAAUUACUAAGGUGAUGCAAUUUCUUGAGUCUGAAGAAUAUAGUAAGUUCAGUCGGAUUGUUUUUGAUACACCGCCAACGGGUCAUACACUUUGGCUACUGUCAUUGCCUGAAAUCUUGGAUGGAUCUAUAGGCAAACUUAUUAAGAUGAAGGCGAAAUUAGGCUCAGUCUUCAAUUCCUUGUUGGGAAAAGAACAACCUCAAAACAAUCCUUUAGACAAACUUGAAAAGCUUAAGGAGAGAGUGGCAAAAGUACAUGAUCUUUUCCAUAAUCCAGACACUACCGAAUUUAUAAUAGUGACGAUUCCUACGAUUAUGGCAAUUAGUGAAUCGUCCAGAUUACAUGCAUCCUUGAAGAAAGAAAGUGUGACUGUUAAAAGACUAAUCAUUAAUCAGGUCUUAACUCCUACGUCGGACUGCAAGUUUUGUUCAAUGAAAAUAAAGGAUCAAAUGCGCGCAAUUGAAACUAUCCGCAAUGAUUCAGAACUUGCUGGCUUGAGAUUAUGCCAGGUACCCUUGGUGGAUAUGGAAAUAAGGGGCGUUCCAGCUCUCAAAUUCAUGGGAGAUAAGCUAUGGAGAUAA